GAACACGUUUGGACCUCCUGCUUCGCCGUAGACGGUAACGGUCCCCAUGGUAACGGAAGGAAGUUUGUUCUUUCUGUGCAUUACCGGUGCAGGAAGAAGCUGCUGAUCGAGGAGCGGAGCAGGAGGAGAUGGAGAGCAUGGCGGCCUCUGUCCUGUGAGAGCCUGGACAAGCUGCCGAAGGACGGCUGGCAGGUACACGGCUUGGUAUAUAGACUGUAUACUGACUGGACUGCUGUACAAAGGGUAUUUUGGGAACUCUGCCACCAAAUUAUGUACAACAUUUUAUUUAAGUCUUUCUUUUUUUUUUGCCCAGACUUUUAUUGCAGCCUAUAACCGGUGUGAGUGCAGUUUGACAGGUUAGGGUAAAGGGACAUUGUAGGCACCAUAACAACUUCACCUAAAUGAAGUUGUUAUGGUUGCCUGCAGUGUUCCUUUCAGGUCAGAGUUGGUGAGGGGACAUUGCCUGGGGUUUGUCAUAAGGAUCAUAAAUCAGUCCCAGGACCUGUUAGACAAGGAGGAGUAACGUAAUUCAUUGCCUUAGCCUUUUAGACUAUAAUUCCUUUAACCCCUUAAGGACACAUGACAUGUGUGACAUGUCAUGAUUCCCUUUUAUUCCAGAAGUUUGGUCCUUAAGGGGUUAAAGGACCACUAUAGUGCCAGGAAAACAUACUUGUUAUCCUGGCACUAUAGUGCCCUGAGGGUGCCACUCCCGUGGCGCUGAAGGGGGAGGAAGGGGUUAAACACUUAGCUUUUUUCCAGUGCCGGGCUCCCUCGGCGCUGGGACUCUCCUCCCUCUUCUGACGUCCCUGGCUGAAUGCGCAUGCGAGGCAAGAGCCGCGCACGCAUUCAGCCAGUCCAUAGGAAAGCAUUCUCAAUGCUUUCCUAUGGACGCUGGCGUCUUCUCAUUGUGAAAAUCACAGUGAGAAGCGCGGAAGCGCCUCUAGCGGCUGUCAAUGAGACAGCCACUAGAGGCUGGAUUAACCAAUAGGUCUAGUGGUUGUCUCUGUAAAGAGGGGUAAGACAAAAUCCCUCCUGAGAUGUGUGAAUACCUGGUGGCCAACUACAAGAAAUGCCUGACUUCUGUGAUUGCCAACAAGGGUAUUGCUACCAAGUACUAAGUCAAAGAGAUCAAAUAUUUUAUUUCACUUAUUGACAUGCAAAUAUGGUGUGUUACAAUAAAACACACCAAAUAUCAUCCACUCCCAUCCUAAUAGUUUUGUGGCAUGUACACAUUAGCCAAACUGACACCUCUCCUGACAGGCUUCUUGGCAGCACUAUUCUAGUUUAAUAAACAUGAACAAUUUUAUUGUAACACACCAUAUUUGUUUCUAUUUAUUUUUUCAUAAUGUCCAUAUUGAAGUAAGAAAGGGAAGGGUCUUGGGCGAACUCAGCAGAUAUUGAAUACUGCAUUGAUCUUUGGCUGUAGUAUUUCAGCUAACAAGGGAUCUUGUCAAACUUUUUUGAGAACAUAGUUAUUGGGCUCCCUUGUAAAAAAACCUGUAAAACACAUUAUCCUUAUUUCUUUUCGGGUAACAAUAAAUGGAACCACUAUUUUGCAUUGCCAAACUUUGUUUACAUUUAUCUAAAUCCUCUCUCUAGCUGCUAGCACAUUUCUUGUAUCCGACUUUUGACUGUUGGGUUGAUUGAAUACGUCAAAAUAUAGGUGUAUGUGUUAGAGUGGCGUCCAAAUAACUUGUCUAAGUCUUUUGGGCACAACACAGGGCCCAAACAGCAGUCUAUCCGUGCUUGCCAUAUAGAAAACUGACAGGCUUACACAUUUAGUUACUUUUAGUUGCAUUUUAUUAAAAGCCAAAGUCUAAAGUAGGACAUAACCCUCUAAUAUAGUUAGUUGCUAUUGUGCUUAACGGGACACUAUAAUCACUCUGACCACUUCAGCUCAAUGAUGUGGUCUGGGUGCCAGGUCCCUCAGGUUUUAACCCUUCACAUGUAAACAUAGCCGAGAAACUGCUAAGUUUACAUAGUAGGGUUAAUCCAACCUCUAGUGACUGUCUUCCUGACAGCCGCUAGAGGCGCAUCUGCAAUGCUGGAUGCGAAAUUCGCAUCCAGCGUGCAGAAUGUCCAAAGGAAAGCUAAUGAGAAAUUCUUUCCUAAUAAUAAAAUUUCCUGUAGACAGUUUGAAUGCCGCGCAUGCGCAUUCCCCUCCACUUGGGAGCUGACGGCGGGGAGGAGAGGUCACCAGCGCUGAGGGAGCCCGGCGCUGGAUUAAGGUAAGUAGCUAAAGGGGUUUUAACCCCUUCAGCGCCAAAGGAGGGGGACCCUGAGGGUGGGGGCAUCAUAGUGUCAGGAAAACCGCCUUGUUUUCCUGACACUAAAGUGAUUUUUUUUUAUUUUAUUUUUAAUUGUAUUGUUUAGAAGAAAAUUUUAAUUUUAACAUUAUAAAAACCAUGUGCUACAAAAGAUUGCAAAUGUCAGACAUUUUUAUUUUACUAUUCUUGGGCAUGUGUUAUACAUUUAUUUAUUAUUAUAUAUAUAUAUAUAUAUAUAUAUAUAUAUAUAUAUAUAUAUAUAUAUAUAUAUAAAAUAAUAAUAAAUAAAUGUAUAACACAUGCCCAAGAAUAGUAAAAUAAAAAUGUCAGACAUUUGCAAUCUUUUGUCUGACAUUUGCAAUGUUAUAUAUAUAUAUAUAUAUAUAUCCUGUUUUAAUUUCAUAAAUCAAUUGAGUAUUUAUUGCAGCAUGACUCGUAAACUAAAUUCAGUUUGCAAUGAUUACCACAUUAUUAAAAAAAAUAAUAAUAAUCCUACCUGUGCCUCCCAGUAAGGUUGUUCAUGCAUGUAUCAAACAGUGAGCAAUUUAUUCAGACUUAUAUAUAAGUUUAAUGGUGCAAGUUACAGUACAGCAAUAGAGUUUGUAUUAAUUGAGCAUAUGACAAAACUUUGCAUACUGUAAUGUUUUAGUGUCCAACCCUGCUUUCAAAGAUCUUGCUAAAAGACUUUUCCCAGAAUUGAUAAGAAGUCAGUGGAGAAUGACCUGCUUUGGACACCACUGUAAUGUAAUAAAGUAAAGCACCAUGACCACUUCAGUGAUUAGAAGUGGUCAUGGUGCCUGGAGUCUGCAACAUUUCGAUAUGAAACACUGCACAUAUGGAGUUUAAUCCACUUGCUGCCGGAGGUGUAGGUCCACCUUUGCCAGCUUCAUUGAGGCAUCAUUAGCCAGUUCUGAAUAAGAGUUCUGGACUGGUUAAUAUGAAUUCUGUGCAAAUUUCUUUGCACAGAGUUCAUUCUUUGGGUGAGAGUGAUCAGCUGACACUCUCAGCCAAGGAGUAACUGGUAGGUACAGCAUCCAGCUUUUGCAGUUUUGCAGAAGCUUGGUGCUGGACGACUGCUUUAGAGGAGACCAGGCUGUCAUCAAAGACACCGGGGAAUUGUGCCAGGGUAUUUCUACCAUCUUAACCACUACAGCAGGCUUUAGUGAUUAUGAUUGGAGUAGCCGUUUAAUUUUUGUUUUACUCCUAAUAAUAUCUUCUUUCCUUUAGGACGUUCUGGUUAAACAAGAAUGUCUUCAACAUCUAGAGGAUCAUCAAGAACCACUGUAUCAAGAAGCAAAGCUACUCCUUCUCCUUCAGCGGCUGCUGCCACUGGUUCUGCAAGUGGUGCUCGGCCGAGACCGAGCGAUAAGCUCAAUCCUAAAACGAUAGACCCAGUAGGUUUUUAUUUUUCUUGACUUGCAUACAUAUCUUUUAUAUAACUGUGCAAUCAAUCACUAAUUUCAUUAUUGUUCUCUGUUAACUGAAUUGUAUAUGUUUUCCCAAUAUGGGUUUAGUUACAUUAUAUGAUCAUAUAUUGCAUAAGCCUGCCACAACAUGUACUCCAUUCUUUGCAGGUGGCUGUGGCUAUAAGAAGUUGCAAAGCUGGUAGAGAGAGGGGAAAAAAAAAAAAUCAGCUGAAGUAGAUUCAAUCAAUACCCACAGUACUGAGGUAGAUUCUAUGCUUUAUACAUGAAAAGUCCUGAAGAUAACUCCACACCCGAUACUGGUACUGAAUGGGUUAAGUUUAACCCUUAGGAAGCCCUAGGUACUAGUACUUCACAAUCUAUUGGUUAUCAGUAUUACUUCAUAUAGAACAUGCAACAAUACAAACCAUUGUGUGGAAAUCUAUUCACAAACCGGACUUUACAUAGGAGACGAGGUCAUGCGUUUAGACUGGAAGAAAGAAGAUUUCGUCUAAGGCAAAGGAAAUGGUUUUUUUUACUGUAAGAACAAUAAGGAUGUGGAAUUCUCUGCCUGAAGAAGUGGUUUUAUCAGAGUCCAUACAGAUGUUCAAACAGCUACUAGAUGCAUACUUGCAAAAACAGAAUAUUAAAGGAUAUAAUCUUUCAAUGUAGGGUAAUAACUGCUUGAUCCAAGGAUAAAUCUGACUGUCAUUCUGGGGUCAAGAAGGAAUUUUUUUCCUAGGUUGUUGUAAAAUUGUGCUUCAAACUGUUUUUUUUGCCUUCUUUUGGAUCAACAGCAAAAAACAAAUGUGAGGAAGGCUGAACUUGAUGGACACAAGUCUCUUUUCAGCUAUGUAACUAUGUAACAUUUAUGUAAACUAAAUGCUUAUACAUAAAGUAAUAUAGUCCAAAUGGGUAACUCCCAACAGAAGAGAUACAGAGCAUGAAGGCAGUAUCGGGGAAGGAAGGGGGGCGGAAAAGUAGUAACACAGCUAGGGUGUAGGUAUAUAUUCCUAUAAAUUAUACAUGAAGCUGUAGAAAAACUACGUUAUCCAGACCGAUCUACCCUAGAGUACAUUUGCUUCAAGGCAGCCACCCCCCUUUAUUAAGGUUAAAUCUAGACUAAGUAGAUCAUAGCCCCAGGAAAAUAAAUGAUAGUAUCUCGCAACCGGAUAAGUAAAUAACCUCCAUCCUUAGACACACAAACAAAAAAAAGUUAUAAAAUCAAGUAAAUCUUGUAUUAGUGCAUCGACACAUAGGCUCGAUGCGCGUUUCGGCGUAACUAUCUGCCUUUAUCAAGAACUGAAUUGCUACUGCAUUGUGCCCACAUUUAAAAGGGGUGUUGUACCUCCUCCUCUAUGGGGUUCACUAAUCAGUGAUAUGACAUCAUCUAGUGGGAUGCUCCUCCCUAGAUGAACGUCCCACCAAUCCCUGGGCUCAUAUCAAACAAAGAGGCGGGGUAUAGUUAAAACAACCAGCCCCCUAUCACAACCCCAUUCAGCUCACUUUAGUUAACCCCUGAUGUGUUUAAGAAAGUACAAUGGAGGGGCAUGUCGCCAACCCCCCAAGAUCAGUUUGUAUGAGUGCAUUUUUAUUACCUAUCGCCUAUUAAUCAACAAGUGCUCAUAGGGGAGCAUUGCAGAAAGUCCCAGGAGCUACCCUUAUGGUGUAAGGACGUUAAUUCCAAGGAUUGUGUAAAUAUAUAUUUAUAAGGUUAAAACCUUUUUGUUAACCCCUGAUGGUUUUAAGAAAAUAUAAUGAAGUAGCAUAUCACCCCAAAAAUCUAAUACACUUCGAUGGUUUUAAGAAAAUAUAAUGAAGGAGCAUAUCACCCCAAAAAUCUAAUACACUUCUUUUAACCCCUUAAGGACACAUGACGGAAAUAUUCCGUCAUGAUUUCCUUUUAUUACAGAAGUUGUGUUCUUAAGGGGUUAACCAUUGUCCAUUAUUCAACAAGUGCUCCUAGGAUAAGUUAACGAAGGUCCUAAAGAUUAUCCUAUUAUUAUAGGAAAGUUCAUGGAAAGCUUGCUUUGGUUACUGGGCGAAAAAAAUGAGUGCUAAAGUUAAAAUACAGUAUAUAUUUACAUACUAAUUUACCAUCUACAUGAUUAAUAUCAGGCUCUCGUACAUAAAUCCUAUAAAGAAAGCAGGUUAGCUCAAUUGCCAAUUUAAAUAAAAGGUGAAAAUGAGAAGCCCUAGUUUAAUCUCAAGGGUUAGAUGGUUUUUAAUUUGUGUAUCCAUCUACAUUCCCUCUGUCUCAAACUUUUGUCAUAGUCCCCCUGUCUCUGUUCUUUUUUUCACCAGUUCCAAGCCGCAGAAUUUUAUAUCUUUAGAGUCCACUCUGUGGCAGUCCCGAGGUGUCGGGAGAUCAGAGUUUUCAAGCUUUUUUUUAGGGGACCUUACAUGCUCUUUCAUUCUUUCUUUAAAUGGACGGAAAGUCUUGCCAACGUACUUCAAAUUGCAACUGCAGGUAAGUAAAUACACCAAACCUGCAGUAUUGCAGUUAAAAAAGCUUGUGAUUUUGAGGGACUGAUGACCCUCACUGUCACAUAUUUUUGAAUCCUGUAGGAUAAAUACCACAGUGGGGAGUUCCUAACCAUGUAGUUAGUGAUUUUAUGGGAGGUUGAAAGAUGCACGGGACGAGGAUAUCCCUGGGAUUUCUGCCUCUUUGUGCCGUGAUGGUCACCUGAGGCCCAAGAACAUCCUUAAGGUGGACAUCAUUCAAUAGGAUCGGCCACAAUCUCUUCAUGGACUGUUUCACUUCACUCCAUCCCACAUCGAAUGUUGCCAUCAUCCUGAUCGCUUUGGCAUUUUCCUUUGGAGGGGGAUCUGCCAGAAGGGCAUUCCUAUACGUCUCCUGGGUGUAACAUAUUUUUAAACCAGGGGAAAAAAAGCAAAUGGAACUGGCAAAAAAACAAUCUGUAAGAGAGACCAUGAGAAAUAAUAUGGCUUAAACCAUCUCAACCCUUUCAAAAUCUAAAAGAAUGUUGCACAAGGAAAAGGGCUGCGCCACAUCAAUAUUACGGUAAUCAGACAAACUGAAAAAAGUCUUGUCCCAACAAUGAAAGUUCUCACAUACAAAGAUGCCUUUUAUUAAGUGCUAAAUGCAGCUGUAGGUGUUAAAUAGGCAUGGAUAGUUCAAAUCUCUUAGGUAUCUUUAUGUGAAUAAAGAAAGACAAGGCAAACUGAGCACCUGAACACCUUUACCGAUGUGGACGCCCCUCAUUAUAUCCUUCAAGUGGGGCUUGUACCGCUGUACACGCUAGAGCUGGCCAUAGCUCUUUUACAUGUGAGUGUGCCGUUUCUACCUUGAACCCUGAUACUAAGUUUUGAUAUCUUGCCUUGUCUUUCUUUAUUCACAUACGGAUGCCUAAGAGAUUUAAACUACUACAUCCCCACAUUUGAUGUGGCGUAGCCCUUUUUCUUUUUACGGUGAACAAAGUCCUGUAUAAAUGUAACUCUAUCAUUGCCAACAGCCUUUCUGUAAUUGUUGCUAGUUGUCCAUCAACAAUCUGUCUAGACAGUAGCUAGUUUUUGUCCAUAAAACCUUGUUUACUUUUAUCUUUGAUUGCUUUCCCUCUGAAUUUUGCUGCGCUAAAUAAAGUGUGAAAUGGUGCCAGGAGUGUGAAUUUAAAGUGGCAUUAAAAAGGGAAGUCAUUGGCAAAAUGACUUUCUUUCUUACAAAAGCAGCUGGCCCCAAGGAAUUACAGUACACUGGCAAUGGGUGUCACUAACAUGUCACCAGAAGCUAGCUGUUCAUGAGUCCUGUCAUAAGAAAUUAAUUAUUAACUCUACAACUGCAGAAACAAAAGAAAAGACUUGUAUUUUCAUAUAUAUUGACUAAUCCUUUUAAAUUAAAAUUGUACAAUCUAAUGGUUUCAGUAAUUGGGCUGCAUGCCUUCUUCAUUCCCAACAACUGACCCACGACAUAUCGUAAACAUGCUACUGUGCAUGAUGGUGAAAUUCAUCUCCCAACUGGCAUGCCCAUUGAUGAGUAAGGACUUCCACAGCUCUGUGCGUUAGUAACUGAAGAAAUGUUGGCUCUUCUUCUAAUAUAAUUUUAAACCCAUACAUAAUUUUAUAUAUUUCAUGUCAUGUCAGUAUUAUUUGUUUUUUAAAAAGUACAGGUAAGCAUGAUAACUAAAACUUUAAGUAUUGGAAAAAUAACAAAACUUUUUUUUUUUUUUUUUUUUUUUUUAUCAACUGAUAAUUUCUACCCAGCUAGAGCAGCUAAUGAAAUAAUUGUCCUGAUUUUGGAAAUACAUUCUCCAUUUCCAAUCUCUUAUCUGCAGUUAUUGGUUACUGGCUUACCUGCCAGUUCUUCAGAUCGAUUUAUCCCCUUUUUUGCUGCAAUCCUGUUUUUACCUAAUUCACCAGUGUCCUGAUUUAUAAGACACCGAUGUUGGGGAGUAUGCACCCCUAUAACAGCUGAAAUGGGAAGUUACAGGAACAAAUUUAGACAUACCACAAAGUGUAUAUGCGUCUUUGUUUGCCCACCAGUGACUCUGCUAAAAACUGCCUGUGUCAUUAUACUGACCACUAAGUACCUGAUGUGGGCUGAAACAUUGUUUCGAUUUUGCUCCAAUAAAUCUGCCCACUGGAUUGAACUUGAGUGCCAGGACCAUGAUUACUUUUUUGGAAAUCGCAUUGUGAGGAUUGGCCAACCUCAUGCCAAGUUGCACUCUGGGAUCCAGGAGAGUGCGGUAUCCAUAUUGGUAAAUAUAUUAUACUGACCAAUGUCAGAUGUUUAAAUUGUAUCAGUAACAUUGUGGAAUAUACCUUACCCCAGCUUAAAAAUAAAUACAUCUGCUAUUCCAAUUCUAAGGAACACUCUAACACCAUUACCACUUAGCAUGCUGUAUGUGUUAUGGUGCUUUAACUGUUCGUAGUAACAGUUUGACUACUAACCUGGGGUUUGUCAGGUGCCCGCUGCCUGCCUCUCCUCUUAUAGUAUGAAGAGCUGGUAGUUCCUUCUAGGAGCUUCUGCGAUGCAGGGCCAGCUCAUUGGCUGAAAACAUCAGCAUGCAGCUAAGCUGUUGACAUAUUGUUUGAUUUGAUUGUUGGAGCACACUGAAGUGGUUGAGGUAUUUGGCGUGUUCCUUUAAAUUAAUUAUAACUCCAAAGCUAAAUCAGGGGAUCAAGACUGAAAAGUUGGUGUGAGACCACAUUGUCAUGUGACUUAACUGUCAUUUAACACAUGUAGUCUCUAUGAUUGACUCUCAGAGCCAAUCUCCAAUAGCCUGCUACACACCAGGCUUUAAUAUGGAGGUGCCUCCAGCCAUGUAGUGUAGUCUGAGACAGGUGAUCGACUGUCACAGUAAUUGGAUGCCUUGGCAGUUUUUGGUUUUGCUGGAAUGACUCAUGCUUGAGUAUCCUGGUACAAAUACCAGAAACACCAGAAGCCUCAGAUGCUCCUCUAUAAUAAUGGUUCUCAAAUGGCUGCGGUAUGAGACACUAAGAGCUUCCACCCUGGAUGGUGGGAAGCAGUGCUUUGUGGACCCUAGGUAAGAUGUUAACCAUUCUAAAGCGAUUUGACUACCUACAAAGGAGGGAGGCACCAGGGACUCCUAGCACCAUAAACAAUAAAGCACUUUUGAAUACUUAUGGUCUUUGGAGUGCUCCUUAAAGUUAUAUUGCUGGCAAUUUGGUAAAUGUAUGCCUACUUUGAAAGUGAAAUUAUUAUCCACAUGAUUUGGUCACAUUCUAGGAAGACUAAUAUUUUUUAAAUUAAUUGUACAGAUAUUGUUAACUGAAACAUGUUUCCUAUUCUAUAUGCUUGUAUUUGUGACCUUGUACAUGUUCUGCUCAGUACACAACAGGUGUGCUUUUCUGCUUACCAUUUCAUGCUUGAGCAUCAUUCAGUCUAGAACAGCCAGGUCAAGGUACAUCUAAUUGCUACAUCACUUGCCAGUACUGUGUAGAAUUAAUUAAUACACACAAGCAGGUGUCCGCUUCCUGAGCCAGGAGAAACUCAUCAGAAUAUGUAAAACCUGAGUAAAUUUCAUAAAGGAUUGCUAUGGCUUUCUAAUUAUCCAUUUUAUUGAGAAUCAACACAUCUAAUCAAUUCUACCAUCAGAACUGGACAUGAAGAAAUAUUUGACUCUGAUGUACAUAGCACUUUGUAUAUUUGCAAAAUGAUUUUAAUAAUCUUAGUUAUAACCAAAAAUGUACCAGCAAAAUUAUGUCCUCAGAGUAUCUCAUGCAUCUGAAGAAUAUUCCUGUAUCUGAAUAAAAAUCAUAACAAGUAGCUGAGAAAAGAUAUCUUUCUUCCUUUAGUAGUUAUUAACAAAUGUAGCAUGUUAAGAUUAAUCACCAAUGAGACAUUUAUUCUCUUUGAUGACUGCAUUGCUUGAGGGUAUUAUGCGCAUAGAUCAAUGUAUUUGGAUAGGAACACACUUUCAUUUAUGAUUUGGCUCAGAACUUCAUCAUAUUGAAUGGUAAAUAAGACAUUGACUACAGGGUUAAAGUGCUAAUAGCCACUUUUAAUUCAAGGAUCUUUGUAGCCAUGAAACCAGUAUCCACUGCUUUUUAAGGGGAUGGGGGAAGGGUAAUGGGAGUUGGAUGCUACUACACAAAUGGUAUUUUUUCAAGACAAAAGAAAGCCAUUCAGAGCAUUGAAUAACUGUAAUUUGCCCAGCAUAGAAGUUAGACGGUGGUGAAUCUAGAGAUGAAUGAGAAUUAUGCAGCUAUGGAAGAUAUUAGGAUUUCAUCAUUAAACCUCAAAUUUGAAUGCGUUAAAAAAGUUUAAUUUCAGAAUUUAGACUGAAAUAGUCAAGAUUUGACUUAUUUGUAGAAAAAAAAACAGAACUUUUGCUUAAAUUUGUCAGUUUAGGUUUUGUUGAAAUAAGCUGCUUAGUCUUUCAAUUCUUUAUAUAUUUUCAAACGUUUUUGAUAGUUGGAUUCAGAAUGGGCAGAUUAUGGUUUCUAGCCACAUACUGCCCGGCUGGUCAUCUGUGGAGCUAUAUCCUGUAAUGAAUGGGCAAUAUUACACACAUCAUCUCCAGUCAGUCGGGACACUCUACCCUUAGGCAGCACUGAAUGACUUCCAAACUGAAUCUGCUGCUAAUUUAAUGGCAGUAGGUAUUAAUGCUUGGGCAACACUGGGACAAGUAUGUCUCUGCUGCCCUAUCAGUAAAGACAUUCCCUUAAAAGGACACGCCAAGAACCAAAGCCACAAGUUCUUAAUGUAGUGUUUUUUGGGUUUUUUUGUUCAUAGAUGCUCUCUCUUGGAAUAGGUAAAAAUAUUAUCAUUUCUGAGAGACCCCAAUUUAAAUUUGGCUGAAAAUGCACCUCUAGUGGCUGGCAGGCAGACAGCUACUAGAAGCAUUCUUCCUCUAGUCCUUCGAAUUUUUUUUUUUUUUUUUUUUAAUGGUCUUCACAUUUAUAGUCAUCACUCACAGCAUGAUAAUACUAAAUGCAUUCAAUGCUCAUCAUUGAGAAGCACUGGCUUGGCGUAUGGGUUUGCAGUGCUUCUAUAUGAGAAGCAUUGAUUGGAUCAUUUUUCUCAGAGCAACCCAGUAGCUCCAUAAUCUACACUAAAAAUGGAACACUAGUUCUAAGGUAAAUAUAUUUAUCUCUAACUUUAGAGUGUUCCUUUAACCACUAUACUAACACUAAACAUUAAACUAUACUACCACAACUCUAACUAUAAACCCACUACACUACAAUAUCACUAAACUUUACAUCACACUUUACUAACCAUUAAUGUAUGCACUGCACAACACUGACACUUGACAUUAACCCCAACUAUUAAUUUAACCCUUGUGCAAUCCUGUUACUCACCAUUAACCUCUACACUACACGAAUACUAAUCCUUAACUCCUACAUUGCCACUAAUGCUAACCUAAAUAGAGUACCUCAUAUACAAAUAUAUAAUGGCAAAUUGUUUAAUAGGGGAAAAUAAGAUUUUUAAAGGUAUUUCUAAAUCAGUUGACUUUAUUGAUAAGUACUUGACCAGGUGCAAUUUUCAGUCCAUAAAUAUAAAAACAAAAAAUUAGAAAAGUGCACAAACACAUGCAUAUAUAAAUAUGGAAUCCUGUUCUGCAUGUGGUAUUGCAUAUUACAAUCAGAAUCUGGUACCACAAUAUCUGUAGAUUGCUGACUUUAAUCACUUUAUAAAAUUGUCAGAGAAGAGGGUUUAGGUAAGGUGUUUUAGGAUGUUUUAAGUCUCCGGAAGGGGGCAGCUAAGUGGCAUGUCUUCAACCUUCCAGCCUGCAUAUAUUGGUCUUUCAUAUUCUUGCUCUUAAAGGACCACUAUAGGCACCCAGACCACUUCAGCUUAAUGAAGUGGUCUGGGUGCCAGGUCCAUCUAGAAUUAACCCUUUCUGCUGUAAACAUCGAAACUGCUAUGUUUACAAAUGGGUUAAUCCAGCCUCUAGUGGCUGUCUCAUUGACAGCUGCUAGAGGCGCUUCCACGCUUCUCACUGUGAUUCUCACCAUAGGAUAGGCUAGGAGAAGGCUUUCCUAUGGACUGGAUGAAUGCGCGUGCGGCUCUUGACGCACAUACGCAUUCAGCCGAUGACGGGGAAAGAAGGAGGAGAGUCCCCACCGCCGAGGGAGCCCGGCGGGGGAAAAAAGGUAAGAUUUAACCCAUUCCAUCCCCUAGAGCCCGGCGGGAGGGGGGCCCUGAUGGUGGGGGGAACCUAGAGACCCUAUAGUGCCAGGAAAACAGGUGUUUUCCUGGCACUAUAGUGGUCCUUUGAACUGUAUCAUGUGUUUGUGUUUUUCUCUCUCUCAUGUUAAUUGAAUCAAUACUUUCUUGAAAAAUCGCGUUGUUUUUAAUAACAGUUUAUAUGAUUAUUAAAGAGAUAAAAUAUACAUUGUCAUGUUGUGAUCUUAUGGGAACACUAUAGUUACCAGAACAGACUAAUGUAGUUUUUCUGGUGAGUACAGUCUGUCCCUGCAGACAUUCUGGUGUAAAUACUGCCUUUUCAGACAAAAGGUCUGCCUAGGGACACCUCAAGUGACAGUCACUCAGACGGCCACUAGAGGUGCCUCCUGGGUAAGUCACUGACAUUCAGUGUCUCCAUGCUCUGCUUUAUGAGGAUAUUCUGAUUUGCCAGCAGAGCGUUUGACUCCACUCACCACACCUCAGUGCUUUUGGUUUAGCUGAGAGUGUCCAUUCUGAUGAACUCAGCCAAGGAUGCUGAUCGGAGUAGGGCCAGCGUAUUUAAGGGGUGCAAAGAUCUUUAUGAAAUACUCAUUUUGACUGGGUUUGAAUUUCCCUUAAAUUCUAACCCACACAAGAGAUACACAAAGAAAAAGUAGGGAUUACUUUGUCUCUGUAUAUUUUCUCUGCAUGACUCUCUGGGCAGAGCUAUAGAGUCCAUCCCUACAGCCGUCACCAGUAACAGCUGCCAGGAACUGGCUCUGUCUGUGGACGAUCCCUCGCAUGAUCUCCCAUAGACCUUAAUGCUGUAUUCUUGCACAUGUACAAGAGUUCAGCAGUCACGUCAGCUCUUGGUGCAUAAACACCAGGAUCUGAAGAGGACCUGUGAGAGAAAGAUGUCGGCACCAGCGAGAGACAGGUUCCGGUAAGUAAGUCUCACCUUUACCUGCCCUCAUGGCCACCGGACCCCAAUGGGGAUCUUUGCGAAUUUGGCAAAGUCCCCAGGUGUGACAGUGUCGCUUUAAUACUGUAAUUGUGAUGUCUACAUCCAUCGUUCUGAGUACUCUGAGCAAAAAACCUGGCAUGCCUGUUGCCAGCAUAGAAUAUAAUGCAUUUUUAUUGUAUUUGAUAUGCCUGCUGCAUGCUUGUUCAAGGUCACAAGUUAUGACAUACUGACAAGCAAGGCAAAUGUAAUAGAUAUAAAACUGAUUGAUAGGCAUCAUUUUAUGUUUUGCAAAAUUGUUUGUGAUUGCAUGGACAUAAAUAUUUUAUAGCUCUCUCUGCAAAUUCUGUUUGCGCUAGCAACAGUAUUAUUACAAUCCAAAAAAUUUCAAUUUUUAAUGUCUUUUUCCAUUUAGUUUGCUGAGCCACAGCGAUCCCCCUCUGCGUUUGCUGCUAUAUAUUCUAAAGGCGGUGUCCCUUGCAGGUAAAGCCAUCCCUUUCUUGCUUUGUUGUAAUAUAUAGAUAAGUUUCAAAGUACAUAUGGUUAUCUCUGGCAAUCAGUGAGCAAUUCAAUUAUAAACCGGCAACCUGUCAGCAGUAUAUUUAUUUAAUGGGAGCAUUUAAAAAAAAAAAAAAAAAAAAAGUUGUUUGUUUAUUUUGAUGUUUUUAUUUGUUUAUUUUAAAAUCAUACUUUGCUUUUAUUGCAGAUAGUGUGCUUAGCAGUGUCUGCCUAAGGUGUUUUUUUUUUUUUUUUAUUCAUGGAUUAAACAGAUUGUCUGUAUUUGAGCAUAAUACCCACAUACAGUAUAUACAGUUAAAUCGUAUAUGUCUAAAAUAAAGGUAUUUAAAUGGCUACAUCAAUCUAACAAUCUCUGGAAUGCUGCCUGUCAAUUUUUGUUUUCAGAUUGGUGCAUGGUUCUGUAAAACACAAAUUGCAAUGGGAACGUCUUCCAGAAACCAUUCAAUUUGAUCCUGUGUUAGUAACAUUAGCUGAGGUAAGAUAAUUGUGCUGAAUGUCACUAUUCAUUCUCUGAAUAAAAUAUAAAUGAUGCUUUUUAUGUUCUCUAGCUUAUUGAGUUUAACUUCACGUAAACUUUCUCAGGGUUUUCAUAUCUAACUUUUACAAAAGAAAACAGUAGUUCCUCAGUUGCUAUUAAUGACUCAAUAUCUGCAGCUUGUUAAAGGAUCACUCCAACCACUAACGUGUGCGUUAGUUAGUAGUUAUGGUGCCAAAAGUGCACUGUUGUGCCAAACUAUUUGUUAAUGGUUGUGCUGGGCUUAGCUAAUUGGCUGAGAGUGAUCAGGUGAUGCUCUCAAGCAGUGAGCCUGCACAGGGAUUAGCUAAUGGAAGCUUAGUGUUAAAUAUUACUAUAAUUUGCAUAUACAUUUAGUUGUGAUGGCAACUUUUAAAUUUUUCAGGCAGUAAUCCUUAAACUACUUAGUGAGGCUGUUCUGUAUUAACACUUUUCUGAUGUAGAAUUACCAAGGCAUUAAGAAGGGAAUUAGGGAACUCCAGACAGGUUUGUACAUUUUCUUCAAUUUUAAUAAUCAAUUAAAAACAUUUUGAAGGUUAACUUAUCACUUUAUUUAUUUAUUUUAAAGCUUUAAUUAAAACUGACACGUGAAUUCCCUCAAAGAACUGUGAAUCCUAUAGAUUGAGAAAUACAAUACAUUAAACUUACCACACUGGAAAGGCCUCUAUCUGUUUCUGCAAUAUCUGGCAGUCUAACUUUGUUCUUUUACAACCUAUGUCUCAUGAUAUUUAUGUUCAUGGAUGGUGCCCUAUGGAAAAUCCCAUGACAUAUGUGUCAUCCUGGAGAUAUGCCAACGACAUCAUUGGUUGCUAAUGUUAAUAUCCAGGCUUACCAAUGAGCAUGCUGAUUGAGCCGAUUAGAGACACUCAACUUUAUUUACAGAUAACAUAGUAUUUUAAGAGAAACUCCAAACACCAUAACUUGGAUUAUCCCGUUUAUGUAUUUCUAAAACAUUCAUCUGACAAGUCCACUUUUUAUCAUUUCCAAAAAGAGAUCUGGCUGGUUCCUAAUUGUCUUUUAAAUCUCUAUAAUAUACCAAAGAAAAGUGAAUUUGAUAGAACGAUAAAAAGCUAUUCUACUUAACCUCUUAAGGACCAAACUUCUGGAAUAAAAGGGAAUCAUGACAUGUCAUACAUGUCAUGUGUCCUUAAAGCGGCACUGUCAUGCCGAACUUACCUUUCCUCAAUCUCUUCCUCUUCUCCUCCUCUCUCAGGAUCUGUUAUUCUUUUCUUCCUGUCUUCUUUAGUUUUCUUUAAAAUCAUAAGACAAAGUAAGGACUCUUUGCCUUAUGGAGGAUUCCUCCGCUUGACCAGCUCUGACCAGCGGAGGAGCAAAGUGUGCUUCAUUUCCGCUGGUCAGAGCAAUUUUCCCAUGAUCCUUACCUUCCCUCUGUGUUCCCGCGAUGCUUCCUGUCAUUUUACAUGAAACUGCCGAAUUGCGUUCUAACUGAAUGAGAACAGUCUGUUCGUUCCUUUUAGAACGCAAUUCGGCACUUUAUUCGGAUCGGAGUUUCAUUCUAAUGAAUGAAACUCUGAUCCUAUUCAUUGCUGUGGCUGCCUCUUGCAGCCGCUUAGUAGAUAACUCCCUAAUUCCCACGGUAUCAGGGAGUUAUCUACUAAAAGGCUGAAAGACCUAAAUUGGUCUUUCAGCCACAUUUACUAAUACUAAGUAAAGAUUACUUAGUAUUAGUAAAUUAAAUACCCCUGCUCGCUAUAUCGCGAGUAGGGGCAUGUGUAGUAAGCAGUGAGCAGCGUAUAGUUGCUCACUGUAAAAAAAAUAAAAUAAAAAAUAAAAAAUAAUACCCCCCCCCCCAUGCCUGUGGGGGCCCUAAAUAAAGAUGGGGGGGGACCUACUGGCCCCCCUGGCCCCCACCCCUGCGCGGUGGGUGGGGGCCCUAAUAAAACAAUAGGGGGGGGACCUACUGUCCUCCCCCCCCUGGCCCCCACCCCUGCGCGGUGGGUGGGGGCCCUAAUAAAACAAUAAGGGACCUACUGUCCUCCCCCCCUGGCCCCCACCCCUGAGCGGUGGGUGGGGGCCCUAAUAAAACAAUAAGGGGGGGACCUACUUCCCUCCCCGGCCCCCACCCCUGGCGGUGGGUGGGGGCCCCUAAAUAAAGCUAUGGGGGGAACUUCUGUCCCCCGCCACCCUGCUAGCGGUGGGUGGGGGCCCUGUAAUAAAACAAUAAGGGGGGGACCUACUGUCCUCCCCUGGCCCACCCCUGGCGGUGGGUGGGGUCAGUAAAACAAUAAGGGGGAACCUACUGUCCUCCCCUGGCUACCCUGAGCGGUGGGUGGGCUAUAACAAUAAGGGGGGACCUACUGUCCUCCCCCCUUGGCCCCCACCCCUGAGCAGUGGGUGGGGGCCCUAAAUGAAACACCCCCCCAAUCAAGGUGACUAGGGGUCCCAAGCCCCUAGUCACCCCCCCACCCAAAAAAAAACUAUCCCCUACCUACCCCCCUCACCCUAAAAAUAGUGAGGGGGGAAUAAAAUAACUAACCUGUAAAAGAAAAUUAAACUUACCAUUUGACGUCUUCUUUUUUUUUAAAUCUUCUUUCUUCAGCCCCCCAAAAGGCCAAAUAAAAAUCCAUUAUACCCAUUAACAAAAAAGAGUGCAAAAAAAAUUAAUCCAUGUUAGCCCUUGAGGGACGCCAUGAACUGAGCUCCAUGAAGCGGGUCAAGGCUUUCUCAUGCCCGCCCUGCAAUUAGGCUUAGAACACUCUGAUUGGUGGGUUUAAGCCAAUCAGAGUGCUCUGAGUCAUUUUACACAGCUUGGGAAAAUUCAAAAGAACUUUCCCAUGCUGUGUAAAAUGACACAGAGCACUCUGAUUGGGUGGCUUGAAAAUUCAAAAGAACUUUCCCAUGCUGUGUAAAAUGACACAGAGCACUCUGAUUGGGUGGCUUGAAAAUUCAAAAGAACUUUCCCACGCUGUGUAAAAUGACUCAGAGCACUCUGAUUGGCUUAAACCCACCAAUCAGAGUGUUCUAAGCCUAAUUGCAGGGCGGGGCAAGGCUUUAUAUGCGCCCUGCGGAGCUCAGUAUGCGGCGUGCCCUCGAAGGGCGAACAUGGAUUAAUUUUUUUUUGCGCUCGUUUUUUUUUUUUUUUAAAGUGCGACGGGUAUAAUGGAUUUUUAUUUGGCCUUUUUGGGGGCUGAAGAAAGAAGAUUUUAGAAAAAAGAAGACGUCAAAUGGUAAGUUUAAUUUUUUUUUUACAGGUUAGUUAUUUUAUUCCCCCCUCACUAUUUGUAGGGUGAGGGGGGUAGGUAGGGGAUAGGUUUUUUUGGGUGGGGGUGACUAGGGGCUUGGGACCCCUAGUCACCUUGAUUGGGGGGUUGUUUUAUUAGGGGCCCCACCCACCGCGCAGGGGUGGGGGCCAGGGGGGGAGGACAGUAGGUCCCCCCCCCCUUAUUGUUUUACUGGGGCCCCCACCCACCGCUCAGAGGUGGGGGCCAGGGGGGGGAGGACAGUAGGUCCCCCCCCCUUAUUGUUUUAUUAGGGCCCCCACCCACCGCGCAGGGGUGGGGGCGGAGAAAAACAGUGGGUCCCCUUAUUGUUUUAUUAGGGCCCCCACCCACCGCUCAGGGGUGGGGGCAGGACAGUAGGUCCCCCCCUCUUAUUGUAAUUUAUGUCAUUUUUUUCAACAGUGAGCAGCCACAGGCUGCUCACUGUUUAGUAGACAUGCCCCUACUCGCGGUAUAGCGAGUAGGGGCAUUUGGGAGAUUUUAAUCUCCCUUGUGCUAUUAUGGGGGUCAUAUUGACCCCCAUAGAGUGAGAGGGGGUACUGGGGGGCUUAUGAAGUGGUGGGGAGCACUGCUCCCUGCCGCUUCUAUCUUUACAUAUUACAAGGAGGGAGCUGCACGCCGGUAGCUCCCUCCCUGUAAUAAACUGCACGAACAAACAUACACUGAUACAUUGUGUUUGUUUGUUCGGCUGAUAUUUCUAUUCACUCAUUCGUCUGUCUGAUGAAUGAGUGAAUAGAUGAAAUUCCUGUUCGCAUGUCCAGGUGUUUCACUGGGCAUGUGCGGGAAUCUCACAGUGCUGUCUAGUGUGGGCUGAUGACGUGUCCCACAGGGACUUCACCUACCCACACAAAGAUGGCGGCUCCCUGAAUAAAGAUCGGGGCAGAAAAUAAGGAUUAAAAAAUAGGUAAUGUGGGGGGCAUAGGGGCAUUUGGGGGUGACUAGUGGGUCAAUUGGAUGUAGUGGAGGCGGGAGGGGGGUUAAAAAAAAAAAACGUGAUUCGGCAUGACAGUGCCGCUUUAAGGGGUUAAAGACCCUUCUGUAAAUAUAGUGUAAGCAGAGGCAUCAGGUAUACCCCUCAUAUACAAGAAAGAUGCUCCAUCAAUCUAUCAGCUCUUAGUAUGGUCAAAAAGGGUGUUAUAUUUUUUUUUUUGCUCCAUUAAAUGAUAUUUAGUUUAUCCUCCACCUGCAGUUACUCAUCCCAUAGAGUUGCUAAGUAGGUUGAUAGCAAUCCAUAUCAUGGCUGCUAUAACCCUGAUCACAGCCCAAUUAAAAUUUUUGUGAACAGUGCUGCGUGCAGUGAUCUCAUAAGCUCCCAAAUAAGUGUCAGAGCUGGAGGAAGGAGGAAAAAGACCAAUCCAAGUUGUACAUGUGGCAUGCACACACCACAAGCACAAGCAGGACAAACUUGGACUCCGGAGACCAAAGUAAAACUCCUUCUGUUGUAUCAGAGAUACAGGGGGCAAGUUUAUAGCAGUUUUUUGUUUUGUUUUUUUUCAAUGCAUUAUACUUCUUCAGUUUCAAACAGGAACAACUCUAAAAAGGAAACAUAUAAAAUUCAACUAGCACAAUAAACUCACAAUAUAUUGGUAAAAUGGAUCAUUUUGACACAUAAAGACCCUUUUAACACCUUAGGGAAUAAUCACAACCUUAACAAUGCAGUCCUCAAACUGACAUGUAAUGGUGCCAGAUAAAUAGGACAUUCAAAGACUCUGCCAAGUCCCUUGUGUCACCAAAUAAAUAGGGCAUUGCACUGCCAGCAUGAUGUCUUUGAUGUGAAGAAUUUGAUGAAAGUAUGGUUAUUGGUCCUUGGCAGGUUAGGCAUUUAAUAAAUGUUUUGUAUCAGAACACUUUCUUGCAGUGGAUGUAGUUUGAAAGAAAUAACAUACACACAAUAUUUAUGUCCAGCUAUAAAUCAAAAACCAUAUUCACAUUAAAGCAUUUAUUUCAGAUUCAGACAUGGCUAUAGUUACAUAUCACUUGCCUAUGAAUGCACACAUCUACACUGUCUUGUUCUGUCAAAAUAUUUUGCAUGCAUGUGUAUGGAUUCAUACUGCAUACAUUUUAAAAGUACUUUGGCUUGUACAUACUGUGUUUUAUAAACCAUAAAAUGUAAAUGUGUAAAAAUGUGAUACAGCUUCAGUGUUUGUAUCAAAACAAUUCUUCGAACGAUUAAAUAUGCUUUACUCUUAUAUCAGAUAAACGAAACAUUUCCUUCCCAAACUCUGCGUUGAACCCUGUAAUUUGAUGGUACAUUUUGUCACACAUUUAAAGUGAAUAAUGAAUGAUUGAUUGCUAUUUAGCAUCAGAGUAUUUUAUAACAGCUGCCACCAAAUUUUAAUAGCUCUGAGACACAAGGAGCUGUGUUCCUAACAGCCUGGUGCAGAUUAAUCAAGUUCCAUCAAAAUCAUUUUAUUUAUCUGCCAAAUCGUUUAAUUCCUGGGCAGCUCAUGCUUUAUAUAAGUAUAGAUUUCUUUUUAGUUAUAACCCGGAUUAAAUAUGUUAUCUUCUUGUUUUUUUAGUUAAUAAAUUGUAAAUGCCUUUGCAAUUAAAUGUCUUCUAUGAGAUGAUAGAUUAUAUUAAAUUGUUCAUCUGUAAUAAAUAACUCCUAAAGACUGUCAGGUUAUUUUGAUUUAUAAUCUGUAAAACCACUACCAAUAAUAAGAUACUGAAAAAGUUUGUCUCAAAAGCUUUGCUGUUGGAGCUCUUAUUUCAAUUUUGUGUCCUGACUUUCAAGUUCUGUCUGCUAAAAGGAGUGUUCUUCUUGUGGUAUUACGCUGGUAUGGGCAAACUCUUGUUUACUGUGCUUUAUAUACACCAUAAUCUGUUCAUUAGAGUAUGCUAUUGUGCAUAUGUAAUGCAUUUUAAUUGUGUUUUAUGAAGAGGUUUGCAUGCUUUUAGAACAAUGUCUGUUGACAUUUCAUUCUGAUACACUUCCCCCACCUUAAAAUGACAUGCAUCUUCUUUGAUCUCUUAAAGGAACACUGUAGGGUUAGAAUUACAUAUCUGUAUUCCUAUCGCUACAGCCCUGAUGACCCUCAUCAACUAAACCCCCACCCCCCGGUAAAAAAACAAACAAAAAAACACUGAAGCAAAUUAAAACUAAUCACUCACAUUUUCUCUAGCACCAAGUCUCUCUCUGCACUGCCCUGACUCACCUCCUCAGGUUGAAUCAUCCUGGAUGAUGGGCCAAUAUAAUUCUUUGGGGAACGUAGGCAUAUGUGCGGCACUCACCGCAAUACGCCUAUAAUUCCUCCAUAGAGAAUCUUUGUAUCUAAUGAUUUUCUAUGGGCGAUCUUGACAGGACCGCUCAUGCGCAUGUGACUUCACAGUAUUAGAGCCGGGAAGUAAGAUUCCCAGCUCUCAUACCCAGAGGGCUUGGAAGCAGGGCUUAAUGCCUUCAAGUUAGUGAAAUAAAUGGUUUUAGGGGUAUGCUGGGGGCGGGGAGGGGCAGUACUGCAUGCACUAUAACAACUUGAUAAAUAUAAAGAUAAAAAGAUAAAGCUUUUAAAGUGCCUACAAUAUUCCUUUAAUAGAUAUUUUUUCACUUUAAUUUCCCCUGCUGCAGGGUCUUAAAGAAACAAGGCAUCCAUACACCUUUGUCUCUCAGGAAGGAUUUAAAGAGUUGUUGAUGGUCCCUGGAGCUCAACAAAAAGCUCUGCCAUUGUUACCCAAGUUGGCAGUUGCAUUGAAAGGUGCCCUGGUAUGUAUUUCUCACAGACAGCCCUUCCUUUUAAUGUACAGGUAGAUUGCUUUUUGUCAUUAAUGAAAACAAACCAUGGAUAACCUGCGAAGUCAACUGUGUGAUGUUGAUGGAAAGAUACGAUCAAUUAGAGGUAGAAUGGUUGAAUAUUAAUGUUUUAAUUAACUAUUAACAAAAUGUGGACUUGAAGGCUAAAAGUUGUUCUACCACUGCAGAUAGCUGAUUUUGAAUUCAGGAUUCCAAACCAAUAUCUAUACAUGCAUAAAAGUGUGUGUGUAUGUAUAAAUAUAUAUUGACCCUGGAACCAUAUAACCACACAGUCUUAAUAAUAGGAACACCACAUAAAUCGUAUUUCUUGUAAAUGCAGUCUUUUUCUUUAUUAAGAGGUCUGGCAAUUUGAACAAAAAUAAAACAAACCAAAAAAAGCCUUGAUCUUCUGAGCUCUAACCUCUGUUGAGCAGCUUACCCGCUUCCAACUAUACAAAACACAAAUUUGAGCACAGACCUUUUUUUGAAAUACCGUAUUUAUCGGCGUAUGACACGCACCGGCGUAUAACACGCACCUCAUUUUAAGAAGGAAAUUUCAGGGAAAAAAAACUUAAAGGACCACUAUAGUGCCAGGAAAACAUACUCGUUUUCCUGGCACUAUAGUGCCCUGAGGCACUUCUCCUCUCCUCCUUGCUCGCGACGUCAUCCUCCUCUCCUCCUUGCUCGCGACGUCAUCGGCUGAAUGCGCACGCACAUUCAGCCGGUCGCAUAGGAAAGCAUUUACAAUACUUUCCUAUGGACGCUUGCGUGCUCUCACUGUGAUUUUCACAGUGAGAAGCACGCAAGCGCCUCUAGCGGCUGUCAAUGAGACAGCCACUAGAGGCUCUGAAGGCUGGAUUAACCCUCAGUAUAAACAUAGCGCGGAACAGGAGUUUCUGUUUCCUGUACCCAGUCGGACUGACAGGAAGGUGCACACUGAGCAUGCACCUUCCUAUCACUCCGGCCGGCCACCGAGGACAGCAGAGCAGCUCGGCCACGCUACAGGGGAGGUGAGAACCAACUGCAGCCGCCUGACCGCUCUUGACAGAGCGCUCAGGCGGCUGCAGCAUUUAAAGGGCCGGCGUAUAACACGCACCCACAAUUUCUCCCCUAUUUUCAGGGAGAAAAUGUGCGUGUUAUACGCCGAUAAAUACGGUAAAUGUUUCCUUUCUCCUUCAGAACACGAAGACUCUUGUAGAGAGAAAUGCAGUCUCACACACUGCUUGUCCUUCUCCCUGUGAAUCCCUGACAGGGAAGUUUUAUAGCGGUCCUGUGCUAAUAAUUGCCAACAGGUGAGCAACUAUCUGGGUGAUCCAAAACUCCGGGACUGGAUUGCUCACCUGCUGUGCUGUAUGUAAACUGUGGAAUGGAGCAUUGGCCCUUCCUUCACUCCAAAUGCUCCACCCCUGGAGCCCAUAUUAAAUUGCAAAAUUGCUCUGACAAAAACAGACAGACCUUCUUCCUGGGGCUAUUAAUUUACGUAUUCAAAUACUUUUGGAGAAAUAUACACUCUAUUCUUAACAAUGCCUUGCAAUCUGUCACAAUAUAUAUAUAUAUAUAUAUAUAUAUAUAUAUAUAUAUAUAUAUAUAUAUAUAUAUAUAUUACAUCGCCAAUCUACUGGAUUAUGUAGAAAACCAUGACAGAUUGUGUAACCAAAGACCAUGCUUCUGUCAGAUAAUUGUCAUUCCUGCCCUACGUGUAAUGUAAAACACAGUAUUAUUUUGUUAGUUUUUUUUUUUGGUUUGUUUUUUAAUUGCUACAGUAAUGUAGAUUGCUUUAUGUUUACACCACCAUUUUAUAAGUGUCAUUAAUGAAAAGGAUAUACGUUCUUGGUUACAGGUCCAUACAGAUGAUGGUGUUUUUGAAAGAGGAUUGAAUGGCUUAGUACAGUUGAGCGCUGUUGUUGGACCAUCUCUUAAUAUUCAUCUUAAGAAUCUACUCACAAGUGUAAGCAUGAUAAUUUAUUACAGUUUCUAACUUAAUGUGGGAGCUCUGUGUAAGGUCAUAAUAAAGUUGGCCGGUUAAUUUAAAUCUAUAUUUAUAUAUACCAUGGUUGCCUAGCUGUGUCUUGUUAGCAUAUUUGUUGCUUCUGUUUGCUUUUGUAAUUUUUUUAAUACAUUCGUCUUAUAUAAUUAACCUUUCACCUUUACAUCCGUGAUACAUUUAUUUAGGCAAUGGGUAAUGUCAGCUUCUUUUAAAUCUUUUGAUCAAGUAAUAAUGAGAAGUAUUUUCUGUCUCAGAGGUUAACAUGGGACGUAUAUAUACUUUUGUGUUAUUUCUUGCAGUUCUCACUUUGUAAUUUCUUCAAGUGCUAGAAAUUGUCAUUUGCCAGUGUAGAUAAAAAUAACACCAAAUUGGUAUUAGUAGGUCUAUUCCAGUGCCAUGGUGUUAGAACCACAUCAAGGAAUGGCUCUGCUAGUUCCUAUGCCAGCUCUCAUACAUUCACUUUGUGACAUGCCGCUGCGGUAGUUCUGAUGCACUAUCCUGCUGAUGUGUGCACAUAAUUAUGUUGUGGAAUUAUGUACAAUUAUAUUUCUGCACCUUUCUACACAUCAGGAGGCAGCCAUAGAAAAGAGGGUGGCCAAUGACCUAUAUAACAAUCACACUAGGGCCAAAAUGGGAGGUUUGCAGUUUAUAAUGGUGCAGAGGAGUGCCUUCUUGCCACUUUCCUCUAAGGGAGUAAAGCUCACUCCUUGACUGACUGUGUACUCCUGGUAAGAGGCUUCGUGUAAUGACAUAUGUACUUUAGAAAAAAGAGAAGGUAAUAGGCGCUCACUAUAGAAAUAAGUGAAAUAAGCAGCAGUAUACAGAACAAGGAUUCCCAAAACCUUGUGGAAUAGAUAAAAUGAAAGAAGAAAAUGUAAACCGCGCUUUUAAAAAUGUAAAUGAUACAUACAUAUACUUGUAGGUAAUUCCAAUAGGUAUGAAAUCUCGGAAUAAAUAAAAUAAAAGAAAUAGUAGUGCAAUACAGUAACAAUAAAUAUUAUGAGAUGGUGAUUGUAGCUUGUAAUUCAGUCCACUCACAUUUAUAUGAGCUAUAACAGAGCUCGUCUGUAGUGCGCUUGGACGGUAUAAUCCCCGUCUUAGGAUAAGAUGUUCCAAUUGGUCCAGAUAUUUCGAAGUGCAGUAUGCGUAAUAAAAACAAAAAUAGCAGCCAAUAGUGAAGUAAGUACUAUUAAUAAAAUUAAUAAAAAUAUGGUAAUGUACUUACAAUUUUCUGAGCAUGUAACUUGCUCUAGUAUAAACAGCUUAGGUGGUAUAAUCCCCACCAAGGAUAUGCAGAAUCCAGGAAGUAAAUAAUGAAUAUAAAAGUAUCAAAUUAAAAGUAUAUUUUAAUAUAAAACAAAACAUAAUAUCAACAUAAAAUAUAUUAAGGAAAGUCAACUUAACGCGUUUCGCCUGGUAGGCUUCUUCAGAAGUGUAGUAGGAGCUUCCUCUGGGUUCCGUUUUUUCGAAAAUACUUCCUGGUGUGCUUCUUCCGGUUUCCUGGUUCCCUGUGGAACGCACGCGUCAUACCGGAAGUGACAUGGAAUACGUGUCUUACCGGAAAUGACGCAGCGUCAUGUAUUUGAUGCUGUGUUGAUCUUGUGCCACUCGUGGAACGCACGUACCGCUCAGAAAGCGUGCGUUGCGUUCCAGGCGCUUACACAGAGUAUACAGGCCCCUAAGUGAUGGGCAUGCCUAUUUAGUAAAAAUAGCAUGAUGGCCAUGUUAAGUAUGGGCAUAAAAGGAAAAGAAUAAGUAAAGGACAUUUGUCAUUUGAUUACCAAAUUAUUUAAACAGAUAUUUUAGAAACAAUAUAGAUAAAUAUAGAAGAACAAUAUGUACAAAAAAGAGCAAAUAUAUAAAGAAAUAAUAGAAGGGUAAAAAGAUAAUGCUCACAGAUAAUGGUGGGUAUUUUAAACAUAAAAAUGUAAAAAUUUCUAAUAUAUAGUAAUACCAUAUAAUAAUAAAAAAAGGCAUAAUGAAAAUAUGAACGCAAAUACUCUUAUUGUGUUCAAAGAUAAUAUAAACCAAUGAAUAUUGACAUGAUUAUUAACUUUAAAUAUAAUAUUGAUAUAAUCGUAUGAAGAGGAGUAGUUGUAAAAAAAAUUGUUUAAAAAAAUAAUACAUAACACUGUAUAAAAAAAGGGGCAAAUAUGGAUAAAGAGACUUGUGGACUGUAAAAUAUAUAUAUAUAUAUAUAUAUAUAUAUAUAUAUAUAUAUAUAUAUAUAUAUAUAUAUAUAUAAUAAAAAAAGUAUAUAUAAAUAAAAAAAAGUAUAUAAAAAAAAAAGAUUUUUAUUUUUAUUUUAUAAAAAAUUGUAUAAAUCAAAAUCCACAUUGAGUCCAUUUGGGUGUAAAGUGUCUAACUGAUAUACCCACUGCAUUUCUGUUCUUCCAAUCUUUUUCACAACGUCUCCUCCUCUCCAGUGGUUUCUUACAAUAGCAAUCCCAGUGAAUGAGAGGGGCUUAGGAUCAUUAUUGUGCACGCAGAAGUGAACUGGUACAGAGUGGUUAUUUAGACCUUUCUCUAUAUUUCUGCAGUGUUCUGCUAUUCUUGUUUUUAAUGGUCUAAUGGUCCUACCUACAUAUUGUAGGCCGCACAGGCAUUCCAGUAGGUAUAUUAAAUUGUUACUGUUGCAUGUAAUAACAUCCUUAAUAUUGUAUACUUUACCAGUAAUAUUAUUUUUAAAAUUUGUAAUAUCUCUUCUAAUUGUUUUUGUUUUUUUACACGCCAUACAACAAUUGCAUUUGUAGAAACCUUUUUUAUCCAUAAAAUUAUUAAUUGCAUUGGAGCUCGUCUUCGUAUAGUUUUUAGUUGGUGCAUCUUAAGAUUUGGUGCACCUCUAAAUAUUAUCUUGGGUUUAUCAGGAAUUAAUGUUUUUAAAAUAUCGUCUUCUUUUAAUAAGUGCCAGUGUUUUUUUUAUAAAAAGUUAUUUAAUUGUUUAUUUUUAUUAUUAUAAUCUAACACAAUUGGCAAAAUGAAAUCUGAAUGUGUUGAUUUUGAUUGGAUUUUAUCUUUCUGUAUAAGUUGAUUCCUGUUUAAUCUAGCUGUUUCAUUAAUUGUAGUUUCAUUUGUAUUUUAUUGUCUUUAAUGUAAAUAUUCAGGUCGAGAUAAGUGACCAUGGUAUUACUAAAAUCUGCUGUUAGAAAUAUGCCUUCCUCAUUACUAUUUAAAAAAGAGAUAAAAUCUUUAGCUGAGCCAAUAGACCCUUUCCAAACAAAAAGGAGGUCAUCUAUAUAACGAGAAUAGGACACCAGGCUAUCCAUCCAGCCAUACCCCCUCCAGACAAAACGGUCCUCCCACUCUGCCAUAUAUAGAUUGGCAUAGCUGGGUGCAAACCUGGUGCCCAUAGCUGUGCCAGUUUUCUGUAAGUAAAAGUCAUCUUUAAACCAAAAAUAAUUAUGUCUUAAAAUUAAAUCUAUACCCUCAAUAUUAAAAUCUGCUUGUUCUUGAAAUAUAGAUUUAUCCCGUUCAAGGAUAGAUCUUAUUGCAUGACACCCUUUUUCAUGCUGUAUAAUCGUGUACAGGGACUGCACAUCACAAGUAAUAAGUAUAUAAUCUUCUCUCCAAAUUAUAUUUUUCAAUUUUUUAAGAAGGUCUAUCGUAUCUUUUAGAUAUGAUUUUGUUUAUCUUAUAUGUACUUUACAACGGAUAUUAUUUGUGUUGCUAGAAUGUGUUAGACUGUUGCUCUCUGCAAUUGCCUAUAUAAAAAUUAAUUUAAUCUACCUUUGUUUAAUAGCUGUCGAAAAGAUUAAUGGACAAAAGAUAUAAGGAGCAGGUAACAACUGCUCUGCAGAAGCUGGAACAAUAUGGAGGCAAGGUAACAAUGUUGACUUUGUUUACAUGCUUUUAUUUGCUAAUUUUGUCUUUUUUUUUUUAAUCGUGUUUAUAGUUAAAGUAACACUUCUACCCCUAUAAUAAUGUCAGUUCGUUGAAGUUGUUAUGGGGACAAUUGUGCCUGUCUUACCAUCAGGGGUUAAAGUGUUUUCCAACUGUUUAACACUAAAGUUAGUCCCACACUCCCCUCUCUUUCUUCCUUGACCACAGCCCUUCAAAAAUUGGGGGAUGUAAAAUAGUUUUUUCAACGUAGAGCCGCUAACUUGAGUUUUAAGGUUUUACCUCUACUGAUGGCAUGACACCCCAUAUAUAAUGAGAUUGUAAGGUGUGUUAUUAACCCGAACCCAGUUCUCACAGAUUGGCAAACUGCUGUUGCAAAAGUUACAGUUCCGUAUUCGCAGUGUGAAGUCUGUCCUGGUUUAAUGGAAUUCAUUGGCUGAGCUUGUCAGCUGAUGUUCUCUGGCAAUGUAUGCAAUCAAGGUAAGGGCAAAAUUCAUAAAGCUAUUGAUAGAGUGUACCUUUCACAAUAGCUAUGUUUUGAACAUAUGGACAGUGCCAGAGGCAUGCUGCCAACACAGCCACUAAAGCAGUCUGAAGUAGCCUUAGUGUUCGAGUGCUCCUUUAAUGCUGUGAAUUAAAAAAACAUAAAGCAUUGUUAAUUACUUAAUUUAAAAUAAUCCAUCUCUGUGUAUAAAAAGGAAUACAAAAUUUAAAAUAAUAAAAAUAAUAUUCUAACAACAAAUAGUAUAUUCUGUAUAACAACUGCAAAUGCACUUCACUGGCUAAGUGUGUAUAUGUAUUGAUUUCACAACAUUGUAAGCAUUCCAGUGCUGAAAUAUCUUAUCAAAUAUAUGUGUGUUUUUACAACUUCACUGCUUCAAGCACAUAUUUAUCUCUCUGCAAUAUAUAAUCACCUAUAAUAUGGAUGGUAAUAAAAUGUAUUCAAAGGAUCACAGAAAAACACUCAUAAUAUGUAAAUGUAGCAAAGAUCGAUCUAAUACAUGAAAUGCAUGUACAGCUGCAACUGGUUACUGGGUUCCCUUUAAUCUUUCUGGAAUGUCCCCAUUGAUUGUGAUGGACGAUUUGAAGCGACCCUGGAGUCUAUUAGAAUUUCUACUGUAUGUGUCCUUCCCCACAACGUGUCUUGACAUAUUAGUAUUUGUGGAUUUUAACACCUAUAGCUUUCUACCAGGUUUCACAAAACAAACUAAAUAUUAGUAUUCAAUUUAGAAGAAAUUUAUGUUAAACUACCAAUGUUAAUUUCUCAAAGCUGAAAUUAUUAUUAUUAUUAUUGCCAUUUAUAUAGCGCCAAUAGAUUCCCUAAUGCUUUGCAAUAUUAUGAGAGGGGGGAUUUAACUAUAAAUAGGACUAUUACAAGAAAACUUACAGGAACGUUAGGUUGAAGAGGACCCUGCUCAAACGAUCUUACAGUCUAUAGGAUGGCCUGGAAAGGAUUAAUUGCAAAGAUCUAUGGCAAAUCUUUGAGUCUGAUGUUUCUGGCUGCCAUUGUCCACUUCACACAGACCAACUAAUUUUUCUGUUUUUUUAAAUGAAAUUUUAUUUAGUUAUUAAUAUAAAUAAACAAAUUGCAGCACGUGGCUUAUGUUGGAAUCUAACAGGUAUAUUCACUAAUGUCAAAUGGUAACUAAACAGCAGCCAGAUGUUGUCUGGUGAAACCAGCUGAAUCUCCAAAUAAUGUGUGAUUUGGCUAUUCACAAACAACUAAAUUGCAGCUGAAAUGGCUUUAUUCCAUUGUUCCAAUUCACAUACCACGGUUUUGCUCCUAAAACUGAAAGACUCCCUAAUCUUAUUUCACCCUAAUGCUUCCCAAAUCCUCCCUAACUCUAUAUGGUUUCCAAAACCUUGAAUCCCCAUUGAAGCCUGCUCUUAUGUUAGCAGAAUAAUUUUGUUUAAGCAGAAAAUGCAGUUGUAAUGCGGUGCUAUUUAGGUGAGCUUUUUUCAAAUGAAUCUCUGCAGCUAUGAAAUCCAUUUGAAAAGAACAGGGAUCGAUUUGGUAUUUGGUGAAUACAAUCAACCUCAGAGGAAUUGUAAUAAUUAAAUCAGUUGCAUUUGCAAAAUCAGUUUGGGAUCUAGUGAAAUUACCCUUUAGAUGCACCCUGAAGAAUAAAGUUUCAAAAUAUAAAUGUGUUGGUGUAGAGGUGAGCUAUGUAACGGAUACACAUGACUAUGGAUUUUUUUUUACCAUGUCAGUAGGUCUAUUGGUAUAGGCAGCCUUCAAUGUCACGUUUAGUGAUAUACUAUUAGUUGUUACAUCCUGGCAUACUCUGAUAAUCGUGUUUUCCUCUUCCUAGUGUGCUCUGUAAGACUGCCACUUCCACUUCCUUAUCAUAUAUGUACCAUUUAAUCCAGGGCUGUCCAACCUGCGGCCCCCCAGAUGUUGCUGAACUACAACUCCCAUGAUUCUUUCAAUUCAACAGAUAGCCAGGGAAUCAUGGGAGUUGUAGUUCAGCAACAUCUGGGGGGCCGCAGGUUUGACAGCCCUGAUUUAAUUGCUUUAGUGGAAUGACUGGCAAAUGUAUAGAUUUGUAUGUAAAAUAAAAUUAAACAAAAUAUGUAUCAGUCGGCUAAUUCCAGUCAGACACUACAGAUAGAAAGAUUAAAAGGCCAAUAGAUUAAUUACAAAAAUAAAAGAUAAAGGAGAGCUAUUGCAAGCACCAGAUAAGUGGCAAUGUUUCCUUCAAAUAUUAUCAAACUUUAUAUAAUUUAACUACUAAUAUAUUUAAUCCUUUAGUGGACAAUUACUUUAAAGAAUGUAAUCAAAAUGAGAUGCUAAAUUCUCCAAUAAAAGUAGAAGAGGUAACAAGAGCUAUAGACAAAUUAAAACAAAGAAAAACACCAGAUCCAAACAACUUUAUCAAUAUUUUUUUUUUUUUUUUUGACUCUUAAAAGAAAAUUAUUAGUACUGAGCUGGCAAAAACCUUUAACGCGAUCAAACAGAAGGAUAAGGCCCCUGAUGAGCUAAUGAUGGCAACCAUCAUUCCUAUCCCCAAACAAAGAUGAACAAUUGCACAAGAAUUUACAAUCCAACAAUUAACGCCACAGCAGCGACAAUGCAAACAUAAAAUACAAAAAUACGAGUUGCAUGGCGUUUCGAUGUACUGCACAUUUUUUGUUUUAAGAUAAGUAUAGAAGCAGGCUAAGCAUACAUGUAAAUAUCUGAGAUGGCAGGAGUAAGGGAGUAUGCAAGAGUAGGUUAACUUGCUUGCAAAAUUCAAUAUUAUAAAAUAAAUUAUAGAGUAUGAAGUAAGCUGGGUGUAAAAUAAAGAACAUAACUGGUAAAAUUACAGGAUAACAUGCUACUGAAACAUGAAAAUUAACAAUUAACGCCACUGAUUGAUCAACUACAGGACCACAAGGGUAGAGUGACAAUCUGGCGUCCGCCCUUCACAUAGGAGAUCAUAAGCACGAGGCUGGGAUUAGCCGUUCCCCAUAGAUGGUACGGUUGAGGCGUUAGUAGGAAAGUCCCCUGAUGUAUUUGCAAAACUAUACCAGAAGUGAGCACUCCCCCGUGUACGUGCCCGCACAUAGAUUGGCCACACGACUCCUCAGACUCGGCAGCUAUCGCGUACCAAUCAUUUCCUUUUUGGGGGUAGAUGGAGGUGCUGGUUUUGGUUUGCGGCUUUCUAUUCACUCUCCUCCCCAUCCAUGGGCGUUUCGAUGAGGUGAUGCCUCCGCAAUAUCUCUAUCCAAACAGGCGAGGAGGUAGCAGAGUAGCUGUUUGCUGCUUUGCUUUCCCUCCUUCCGCAAAUUCCCCUUCACUGUACCCUCAAAGCGUUAUAUUGGUAGCCUUGCUACGCUUUUGUAGCUGUGUCCAGAAGCGCUAAAAUGUUACCUUCAGGCAUUGUAGGCAUAAAUCAAUGGGGGCGCAGUGAUCUGCUGGAGGUAGGCCCAAUGCUUGCUUGCUUGCUUUAGAAGGGUGCAUCAGACAUUUACUUCCCUCAGUGUAUUCUAGUAUCGACUAGGACUGAUAAGUGUGUUUGCUGAAGCUAUUGGUAGCAGGCCAGUGGAGACCGUGAUAACCCCCACCGGUCCAAAGUAGGGGGAUGGGUGGGUGUAGGAGACCAACAGAGUCACACAAGUAGGCCGCUGUGUAGUCCUCCCGGCCGCGACAGACUCUAGUGAGGUAUCAAUCUAUUCCACUGUGUACCCCUGACAUGGUUAGUGCACCCUGAUAAGUAUUUUGGCUGGUGAGCCGCUGAUAGUACCCCGAAAUUCACAAGUUAGAUGGGAGCUUGUGCUGCCCACGUCUGCACUGCUCGAAGGUGAGGUUCCGCCCCCAUUUUAGACCUAUUUUAUUAAUACAGACAUUUAAAAUCUAAUCAUUGCUUCUGGCUGAAAGGAUAACAUUGGUAGUGUGACGGACCGCCUGGCACCCCAACUGGGUGCCUCCGCCAAUCGCUGCUUCCUUGUACCUCCGAGUACUUUCAAGCACUCCACCAGACACCAUAAUCACCGUAGUCCCCACAGCCAGUGUUACAGCUUGGUUCGGGUCUCGCUGUCAUCCAUCCACCCUGGACCCAACACAGGGAUCCAGCUUCCAGUUGGUAGACCUCUCCUAGCCCAUCUAGUGUAGCAGGAUAGCUCUUACAAGAGCUAGUGAUUAUAACCCAAAGAGUAUAGUGAUUAUAGCAAUCCCCAGCGUAAAUAUACCUGUCCCCUCCACACAUGAGACGAGGCUCUAUGUUGAGUGUGAAGAGGAACUAUUUAAUGGCAGCCACAACUGGUCUUCUAUGCAGGUCCCUAUGCAAGUGGUUUCCGGUUACAUAUUCCAGGGGCAUUCCCCCUGGAUCUGAGAGAGGAGACUACAGUAAAACAUAAUUACAUUGGCUCUCAGGUCCAGGACACUCCCUGUAGUUUUGUUGCAGAGACUUCUGUCCCAUCUGCACCUUCUAUUUCCAGUUUCCUGUCUUGGGCUAACAGGCACCGCUGCUGGGGAGUGGGACCGGUCAUCUCCACUCCCAGGAGUUUCCACUGUGGCUGGGGAAAUGGAUCAGCUUUCUCCUCUUCUGGUAUCUCUGGCUGCCGCAGGGGAGGGGGACCGACCCGCUCCCUGUAUGGUAUGCUGCCGCUGAGGAGUAGGACCGACCGUCCUCCCUCCUGGCACUUCCAGCUGGGGUUGGGGAUCUGGGCCGGCAGCCCAGCAUCCCUGUAGAGCCGGUGGAGAGACCUCUGUCCCAUCUCCACCUGCCGACUGGUGUUCUUCCCAUGACCAGUUUAUAAGGUCCCCCUGUAAUUGGGAAGAGGCCCCAGCUGUCUCCUCUUCCAGUAUCUCUGGCUGUGGUUGGGGAUCUGGGCUGGCUGCCCAACAUCCCUGUGAGGCCGGUGGAAAGACCUCAAUCCCAUCUCCACCUGCCGAUUGGGGUUCUUCCCAGGACCAGCCUGGAGUCCCCUACUUCUCUGUGUCGUCUGGUUACUGGGAGGGGAAAGGGCUAUUCUUUCAUCACUGUUCCAGUGUUCUUGUAAGGACUAGAGCUCCCAGGACUGAGUGUCGUAAAGUGCCUGGGGGUGUCUAGAGCGAAUUCCCCAUUCGGUUCCAGUACCCCAGUCAAGCCACGGCAACUCACGGCAACUCUGGGCAGUAGAGCUGCGGUUUGUCCCCUGUUCAAGCUAGGAAGCCGUCCUUGGCGCAGUUACCCAGCCAGGGGUACAGAGAGCUCCGUUACAGGUAGUUCAUACUAUGAAUACUGAGAAUAGAGUAGGUUUUAUUCCCUUCAGAUCUUCAAUUUAUCAUAUGAGAGGAUUUAUAGAUGCCAAAAAGACCUUGAUAGGCUGGGAUGGGAUUUUAUGCUUUAAAUCUUUAGAAAAUGAAGGGUUAUGAGAGGGAAUGAUAAAUGCAAGCCGGGCCUUAACUGUAAACCCAGCUGAUAAAGUCAAAGGUCAUAGUUAGAUAGUUUUCUGAUAAAAAAAAUAAUGCACACAACAGGGAUGUCCGCUUUCACCACUUCUAUAUAUCCUUUCUUUGGUACUCCUAGCAAUAAGAAUUAGGGCAAACCUACAGAUUAAAGGAUUUCAUACAGUCAACAGUGUAAGCAAGUUAUAUCUAUAUACGGAUGAUAUUUUGCAGACCCUGAAACCUCUCUAAAAGCACUAAUCACCGAACUAGAGAUUUACUCUAAAUUUUUAGGCUAUAAAAUUAAUCUGGAUAAUUCUUACCAAAAACCGUACAUGCCAAUUUUAUAGAUGAAUGUACUAAAAAAAUAUGGCUUGAUCUAGGCUCAACAUUCUUUUAAGUAUUUGGGAAUUAAUUACACCUUCUUUAGACUCUCUUCAAGAAAACUAUUACAACAAACUUAUAAAAAUCUAGUUAUCUGGAAGAAAUUAGGCUUUUUAUGGUGGGGAAUGGUAAAUAUGUUAUGGGCAUAUAUUCUACCCAGAUGGACCUAUGCUUUUUUAGACUAAUCCCCUUAAUGUGUCUAGAGAAGUGGCUCAAGCUAUUACACUCCAUUUUUUUUAUUUAUUUUUUUAAAUACAUAUGGUCAGGGGAAAAAAAGUGUAUAAAAUGGAGAUUAAAGGAACACUAUAUGGUCAGGAACACAAACAUGAUUUCCUUACCCCAAUAGUGUUAAAAACACCAUCUUGCCCCCCUAAAUAUAGUAAAAUCUUGUUCCAGUCUGCUGCUGCUAUCUCUGCUCCUGAUCUGUCUGCAUGGCUGACAUUAUCAGAAGUGUUGAUAAAAGCCAACCACAAUGCUUUACCAUAGGAAAGCAUUGUAUUGGUUAAGAUUAAUAAGGAGGCAGAUCAGGGGCAGAGCCAACACAGCACUGGCCAAUCAGCAUCUCCUCAUAGAAAUUAAUUGAAUCAAUGCAUCUCUAUGAGGAAAGGUCAGUGUCUCCAUGCAGAGGGUAGAGAUACUGAACAUUGUGCAGCUCUGCCCCAGGAAGCACCACUAGCAGCCAUCUGAGGAGUGGCCAGUGGAGGUAUCCCUAAGCCUAGGCUGUAAUGCAAACACUGCAUUUUCUCUGAAAAUACUGCGUUUGCUGCAAAAAGGCUGAAGGAAAUGAUUUUUUUCUCCAGAACAAAUACAAUAAGCUGUAGUUGUUCUGGUGACUAUAGUGUCCCUUUAAUAGUUUUAAAUACAAAACAAGGUGGCAUGGGAAAGCUUGAUAUUUUUAAAUAUUACACAGCAAGCAGACUCAUGCAUGCUUUGAUUUCACAGAAAUCUUGUUCAGAAAAUGAAAAAUGGUACCUAAUUGAAUACGGCUUGUCAAUGAUUAAAAAUAUAUCGUCUCUGUUUUGGCUGUAGGGGGCCACAUAGACAUCAACAGGAAACAUCUUAAGAUAUAAAAUCUUUAAGAGACAUACAAUUAGAGGAGUGGAAGAAUAUAAAAAAACAAACAAACAAACCAAAACUCAAUUUAUAAACAAAUUGUUGGGUUUUCUUCCUUUGAAGAAUCUAGAAAUUACUAUGGACAAUAUUAAUUUGAGUAACUGAUAUAACAGUGGGAUCUACAAGGGAUAUCAUUAAACAGGGUAAAAAUUUACUAGGGAAAAAAAAUAUUCAAAUCAACUCACCUUUUUUCCCAGCACCAAGACGGUCUCCACUCUCAAUUCUCUGACUUUGAGUUCACAAAUUCCGAUGAUAUCUGUUAAAUCCCGUGCGUCUAAUUGAGAAGCAUUUGGGAGUAAUGGGCACAUGCUUGACCACAACUAUUGUCUUGUGCUUUUCUAUGAUAUGUCUUGCUUCCAUUUUGAAUGAUAGUUCAAAGUUGGUGCAUCAAGAAACCCUCCAAGUUGGAAACUGUAUGUUUUAUAGCCUAAGCCUGAAGGGACAUGCAGCUAAGCCAUAACACACUUUAACAAGAUAAAGUUAUUUUGGAAACUUGAGUGUCCCUUUAAAGGGACAGUUUAAACUCCAGAACCACUACAACUAAUUGCAGUGGUUAUGGUGCCAUACACCUAUACACUGUCUCCAAGUUUAUCAAACCAUCUUGGUGUGAUUUGUCAAAAGGUAUGGCUUUCUCAGGAACCAUAGUCCAUUACUUAUUUAGAUAUAAUGAUAAUGCAUUAUCAAGUUCAAAUCUGUAUAACCUGGACCUCAGUGAUAGACUGUAGCACUGGAAUGGCUUAGCAGACACUUCUCAAGUUACUUUGUAUGCAUUACUUAUCUUAUCUUCUUUUAAAUGUAUGCUUCUUGACAGUUAUUGAGCAAAACUGAUGUGACCUGGUGUAUGUUAUAUGGAUUCCAGUUUAUGAAGUUAGCUCUUGUAUGUUUACUUAUCAUAAAUGUUUAUCUCUUAACAUGCAUUUGUUUUGUGUAAGAUGAUUGUUUAGAGUAUACAUUAUGAGCCUUAGUAUUUUUUCUCCAUUUUUUUUUUCCUUUUCAUAGGAAAGUCUUGGAAUAAUUAAAUCGAAAAUACCAACUUACAGUUCCAUCUGCAGCUGAAGAAGUACAUGCUUUUGUACACGUGGAUUAAUGAUGGCAGCCAUGAUUGUUUUGUGUGUGGGCUCUAAUUACUACAAUUACAUAGCUUGUAAAUGUAUUAAACUUUCAUACCGUCCAAAGUGUACAUGUUUUGCGCCAUGUGUUUGCGUGAUGUCAGGACUAUAAGAGCAUUGCAGAACUUUUGGCUUACAGCAGUUGGAGUGCUAAAGUUGUGUUUCCCUGUAAGGUUUGAUGUUCCAUGUCUAGGUAAUCUUUGUCAGAUGUAAGCAUCUUUCUGUGACAUCACUCUCUGCACAGGUCACACAGGUCGCUACUGAUACAGUAUUUUUUUAACGUGUCAACAACCUGAAAUUAGGGUUAACAUCUCAUUGUCAUCCUUUAAAUGUAUUCUCUUCUGGGUGAACAUAACUCCAGUAUUUGUGUUCUGUUUUGUCCAAAAGAUGUUAAAAAUAAAUACUAGCAAAACUUUAAAAAUAAAAUUAACAAACUGUCAAUGUCAGCAUCACUAUUGUCACUUUAAUAAAGCAUUUGCCACUUCUAAAUAAGUUACUAAUGUAGCUUACUUGAUAAUACGAUAAUAAUAGUAACUCACUAGGAGAGCACUAACGGCUGGUUCGAUUAAAUUAAGUUUUUAUUUGUCCUUUUCAGUAUAGGAUUAAAGCGAGUUUAUGAUAAUUUUAAUUGUUGAAACCUUUUUUCAAUCUUUAGUAUAUUUGUUGUAAUGUAUGUUAGAUCUGUAAUACAUGCAAUCCAUAUUUUAAUAAUCAUUAUACAAUUAAAUUAGAUCCUUUGAGUGCUAAAGCUUGCUGUUCAACAAAUUUGGAAAUGUCUUGUUUAAUAUCAAAUAGAAAUUUGACGUUUUGUGCUUAAAACAGUAUAUCCAAAUGUAUUUUUAGAUUUUGCCAUUGAAUUGUGUAAAUGCAAACAAGUUAAUUAUAAGCACUUUUACAAGAAAAAAUUAGACUAAACUGAUGACACUUAUUGCCUUUGAUAGUAUUGAAUUGAGCUAUUUUGUACACUAGCAGAUGCAAGCGGCUUUGUUUCGUACAUUGUGCAGUAUUGGUAUAAUGUAUCUCUGUCAAUCUACUUAUUAUUAUUUUUAUUUUUUUAACCUUUCUUCAACCUCCUUUCCAACGGGUGCCAAUACCCUUAGUGACAGCUAACAUACCCUAGGAGCCAAUCACUGUAAUGACUUGCCUUAUUUGACAAUCUGCUAAACUGUGCAAGCUUGUUAGAAUUCAUGUAGGAUUAGGGUCAGUACAAUUGAGAAAUUUUGUUACUCUGUUGCUGGUGCUGUCUAUUUUCUAGAAAUCUAAGGGAUGUGAAAAGAGCACCUAAUCUGUCAGCCAGAAUUAGGUGCAUAAAAAUCAUCUGCUGGUCUUUUAAUUGUUUUGUCGCUAAAUAAUCUAUUUCACACAAUGCUUCUUACUGGCAGUAUUUUAUUGUAGUUCAAUUUCUCUAUUUUGUCCCAUCUUUCAUAAACCUGUAUUUUCCCACUCUGCAAUAUUUAUUUUACUAACAAAGAAAUUAAAACAGUUAAAGUAUAAAUAUGUAACUAAAAUAAAAAAUCAAAUACACAAAGAAUCGAACUUGCACCUUAACAGACCUUAAAAGGUCAUGGAGCAAGCAGUCUCUAUGUGCAGCGUUCAGCUUCAAAUGCUGUACAUACCGAGAAAUCAGCAAUUUUGUGCCAAGGCUAAUUGCACGCCAAACACACUUGACUUGGGCAGCCCAAAACUCUGUUCCAGGCUGCCCAAUGUCAAAUCUGUGCAUAAAAACAGUCUGCCACAGACGUAAUAAGCAUUGACAGCCCGCCUGCAAUAUGAAGACUUUUGACCUGAACACACCGUUAUCGUGCAUACUUUUGGUGCUGGAAUCUCCAAGCCCUCUCUCCAUCCCUUACUUGGAAUGCAUCCUCCCUCAUGUCUACGGUCCACCAAUCACGUUUUAACUUCCUCCCACUGUCUCUUCCAUUAUCCCUUCCUUCCACCAUUGUCCCUGCAUCCCUUGGCUCUGAACAGAGCACACUUUUCUCUGAGUCUGUAACAUAAGAUCUCUCAGACUACCUUAUAAUGAUGCAUAUCUAGAGAUGGAAUUGAGAAAUAGAUACUUAUAGAAAUAGAUAGAGAUAAAUAUGUAGAUAGAGAUAGCCAUAGAUCAUUAAAAAUAAAUAUAGAUAUAGAAGUAUCAAUAUAGCAAUAAAUAUAGAAGAAUAGAUAAAGAUCACAAAGGAUAAAUAUAGAUAGAAAUAGAAGGAUGGAUAUAGAAUUAGAUAUAAUUGGAUAGCUAGACAAAGAAGGUGGGAUAUAGAAUUAGAUUUUUUUUUUUUAAAUAGAUAUAGAUAGAAUUAGCUACAUUGAGAUAGUUAAGCCAAAAUAUAUCAAAAAGAGGAAAAAAGCACACUGCAGUCUGAGUGAAUAGGACAAAAUGCUUGGAGCUAAGAUUUCCACAAGAUGACCAGCUGUUGGAGUGCAACCAGCCAUACACAUUGGGACUUUGAACUCUGGCUGUAAAAGAUACGGUAGUCCUCCAUCUGAAGUGGUGGGAUUGAGACCCCAGUGACAAUGUUGAUUUGCACAUUUCUCGGUAUAUAAUGCUAUUUAUUUUGUGACUGUUUUCAACUGUUUUAUUCAUUUCUGAUUACAUUUAUCUUCUUCACUAUGAUUACUUUUCUUAUCUACUUUUAUGUAUGAGAAUAUCUAAUUCCAGUGGAUCGUUCCGUAAGUGAAAUCCUCCUACCAGAGUUGUAACUGAAAUUUAUUGAAACUAGUGUUGUGGUACCCUCUACUGCACGUAGGAUCUUCUAUAUGUACUUUUGUUGUAUUUGUAUUUUAAGGAUUGGGGAGUCAUCCUUUCAUAGUGGCUGCCUUCAUUGUGUUCUCACCUGACCUGUCAAAAGCCUCUUUGAUUUUAUUUAUUUUUUGCAAUAAUUGAGAUCUGACCGUGAAAUAGCUCCACGAACAAGGUUCUUUACUAAACAGGGAUUUUAAGGUGGAUUCAGCAUGAAAUCAAUUUUAAGGCCAGAUUAGCUGAACUGAAAGCAUAUCUAAUUUAGAGUUUUUAUUCAUGUUGCCUAUUUUCACCUUCAAUGUUAAAUACACAGAGAAUACUCCCUUUUGAUAAAUAACUAUUUGUGUUUUCGAAGAUCAAAUGAAAGUCUCACAAUAUUAAAAUAUCUCUUAAACAAUCCCUGUAUACCUUAAUCCAAGUAAUACAUUUCUACAAUAUUGAUCACAGUGUGAGCCUAAUAUUUAUUUUAGGGUAUCUUUUUGUAUCAUUUUUUCUAAUUAACUCAAAAUGUAUUGGGGGAAAAAAAAAAUCAUUUAUCUUCCUCCUCAAUCAUUUGCCGUAUCUAGAGGAAUGCACCAAAGAACACGUAAAUCAGAACAUAGGAAAGAUAUUUUUAUUGUAAUCAGCUGCUAUGGCUUACAGUACAUACACACACCAGAACAUUGGCUGAUGUUCAUCAUAUUAUUUUCAAUAUGAACAUUAAUUUCUGUGGGCGGAACAGAUAUUGUUCAUAAUAUUGAAGUUUUAGACCUGUCAGAACCUAUCAUACCAUUUCAGACUGUCGUAACCUAAAAAAAAUGCCUUUUACUAAUUUGUUACUUUUGUAAUUUGUGGAAUGGCUAUUCCAAAUGCAAUUAAUAUACACUGUUAUUCUACGAACAUCAUUCAGAAAGAUUUUGUAUUCUCUGUACACUGUGCUAAUUUAAUAAACUAUCCGUAAAAAUUAUAAAGUAUGCCAUUUCUAACACAGUCAUACUAUUGUUACCAUUUACGUUUAUAGGAAAGUAAUUUGGAAUUAAGGUAUAAAAAUUUAUUUGAGAAGGUCUGAUAAUUUCAUAAUGACUUGACUGUUAAGCAGUGUUCCUCAACCCUCUCUUCAAAGCGUACCUAACAGUGCAGGAUUUAGGGAUUAAAAAACAAAACAAAAACACCUUAGACCAGAGGUUCCCAACCCAGUCCUCAAGUGCCCCCUAACAGUCCAAGAUUUAGGGAUUACCCUCUUCUGUCUAAAGUGUUUUUUGUUUUGUUUUUCAAAAAACACCUUAGACACAAUUGAGUAAUCCUUAAAUCCUGGACUGUUAGGUGUGCAUUGGGGAGAGGGUUGAGGAGCACUGCUAUAAAGGAAAGAAUGUUAACUUGUUGACAACAUGGACAACGUAUUGAACUGGUAAUCUGUAGUGAAAUAGAAAAUAUUUACAUUAAUAUCAUUGUAACAUGCUGCCAGCAUAUAGCUUCAUAUACAACUUAAAACAUAUACUCUGUAAACUACCUAUCCCAAAACUGAAAAUUAGCUAGAUUGUAAUCGAAUUGUUAUCCACUUGAUUGCAAAUUCAAAAUAUCAACCUGUGGUGAAUACACACUUUAUGAAAUGUAUAUGAAAAUGCCAUGUUACUUUCCAUACAGUACUUCUUCAAAAUGUCUAAACCUCUUGAUUCCUGGGCUCAGGCUCUUUGAUACUUGCUCUCCCUUACUCCUAAGUAAUCAUCCAUAUUUUGUGACUCUAGUUAUUGAUGUUAUUUAUGCAGAAUAUGUAGUUACGGGUCAUUUAUUUGAGUCAUGUAAAGAUUUGCUUUAAAAAUUCAGUUUUGUAAAACUACAACUCCCAAGAAGCUUUGUCAGCUGUCAUUCUAUCGAAGAACUAAUUCUACAGUAAAAGUUUGGCUAAACACUUGCUGUUGCUCUAUUCUUAGUGUUUUGUUUUAAUUGACACUUAAUUCCAUAUGUAUAAAGCGUAAAAUCAAGUUUAACAAACCUGAAUAAUUGAAAUUUGUUUUGCUGGUUUUUAACCUAAAAAAAUAAUGUUCCAUGGAUUUUUUUUUUUUUUUAGGGCAAGUGAUGUGUGGUAUUUGGCAUUGUCAGGACACCAAUUCACGCACCAUAUGCCCAAUCCAUAUUAGCAUCAGUUAUUGUAUUGACAUAUAUAUUACACAUUGUACAAACUUUAUGCUGCAGUCUACUGCCGGUUAUACCUAGGUUACUUUGCCAGAUGUUUACCCACCACACUGUGGUCAUUUCUUCCCUGGGUGUUUGUAGGUAUAGCUAAUUUGGCAUAUGUGUGCAAAUAGCAGAGGCAUCUACCAUGGAGCUAUUUUGAUUUCCAGACACGUCAGCAGACUGAGUGGCACCUGGAGCAAUGGAAGGGUAGGUGUAAUAGUGGUGGUCAAGGAUAUUUGUCAAAAUGUGUCCCCAUUUUAUAGAGAAGUUGCUUAAUUACAAUAAGAAUGUAGCUUGUUCAAGAUUUGAUCAUCUGUCUCAAAUCAAAUCUUUACAUGGCUCUUAUUCUCAUCAUUCACUUUAUAUAUUUCCUGAGUUUCUCUAAUGAAUUGUGGUUCUUUAUUCUAAGACAAUAAUGUUAACUCUAUUUAGUGGGGUUUAAUCACAGUGACCUUCAUGGUACUAAAGUGUUAUAAUCACUAAACAUAGAUAAGGUCAUAAACUUGCUAGUUCUAUUAGUCUUGGGGCAGAGAUCAGUGGAGGCCAAAGUAAUGCCACUUUUUAUAGGUAAGAAAAGCUAGGUGAUGCCUUGGUUACCACCAUAUCUUAGAUGUUUGUUUCUGCUGGAUCUGCAGGUUUUCAGUAUGGAUCAGAUUGUUUAAAUGAAGUGGACAAGGUGAAUACUUACAGUGUUCAGUGUGUUAUUUAACACGUUAACAAUAAAGAGAGAAACAAAGAAAA